GAGGGUCCAACACAAUUUCAGUUUGUUUUUAAUUAAUUUUAUUAACACUCGAAUUUCUCUUUUCCUCAAAGGAGAUGGCGGCGGCGGCGGCGGCGGCUCCAGCCGGUCCAAACCUGCGCCGUCCGCUGAACCCGGUGCUGGCCACGCGACCAACCACAAGUCCUGGAUUGCGAUCGGCGACAAAGAAUCCAGCAAACGCACUCAGGUGCAAGCGGCUGCGGCCUCCGGAGCCGCGCGUCUAUGCUAACGCGGCGACAAAGGACGGAUAUAGCGGGGGCGGUGACGCCGGCGCCGGGGGUGUCAGGAGGAAGCGGCUGGCGGUGUUCGUGUCCGGCGGGGGCUCCAACUACCGGGCCAUCCACGAGGCCACGUUGAGCGGCGUGGUGCGCGGAGACGUGGUUGCUCUUGUCACAGACAAGCCAGGUUGUGGAGGCGCUGAGCACGCGAGGAGCAAUGGCGUUCCUGUGGUGGUGUUUCCCAAAUCCAAGUCUGCAACGGAGGGGGUUUCAGUAUCUGAACUGCUGAAUACCAUGAGGGACCUUGGGGUAGACUUUGUUCUUCUAGCUGGUUACUUGAAACUUAUACCUGCUGAGUUGGUUCGUGAAUAUCCAAGAUCCAUACUGAAUAUCCAUCCUUCCCUCCUUCCAGCAUUUGGAGGCAAAGGUUAUUAUGGUUUAAAGGUGCAUAAAGCAGCCAUUGCCUCUGGAGCAAGAUACUCAGGUCCAACUGUACACUUUGUGGAUGAGCACUAUGACACAGGAAAAACAUUAGCCCAGAGGGUUGUGCCUGUACUAGCCAAUGACACACCAGAGGAGUUAGCUGCGAGAGUCCUUCACGAGGAGCAUCAAGUUUAUGUUGAGGCGGUUGCUGCUUUGUGUGAUGACCGUAUUGUGUGGCGAGAAGAUGGUGUCCCACUUAUCAGAAACCGGUCAAAUCCUGAUGAGUAUACCUAAUUGACAAUGCCAUCCGACUCUUUUGGCAUUCAAUGAUGAUUGUGCAACUCCAAUUUUCUCCAAGGAAACAAACUACUUAUUUUUGUCGGAUUCAGUAAAGAAGUUGGUGCGUCCAAGGCUGCAAUUUGUUGAGAGAAAAUGGAAACUGUAUGCAAUUAACUGCAACACAUGUUAGUGUUGAUUCCGACUCUUUUGGGCAUUUAAUGAUGACUGUGCAACUCCUCCAAUUUUCUCCAAGGCAAAGAAGUACUUUUUUUUUUCUGAUUCAGUAAGGAAGUUGGUGCGUCCAAGGUUGCAAUUUGUUGAGAGAAAAUGGAAACUGUAUGCAAUUAACUGCAACACAUGUUAGUGUUGAUGAGUUACUCGUUCCGAUCCAUAAUAAGUGUCGCUGAUUUAGUGCGAUCGGACCGUUCCAUAAUUGUUGUUGAAAUAUUACAUGUAUCUAGACAAUUUUUAGAAAUAGACUAAUCUAUUUUUGGUCAAAUUUAAGACAAGAAUUAUGGAACCGAGAGAGUACUAUUUUAGAGGGAUGCCAAUCACA